GUCAGCAUCGCCAGUGCCAUGCUUGCGAGAGAAGUUUCUUGCAAGCCGUCUGAUCGCUACUAAGACAGUGCGCCACUGCAAGGGUUGAGCAUCAUGGCGGCUGCGCCACCCCUAAACGACGCAGAUGCGAGAGCGAUCAUGGAGAGACGGGUUAAGGUAAUCUACGCCUCGCAGACGGGUAAUGCAGAGGAUGUCGCGGAUCGUAUUGCACAAUUGGCACGGCGAAAGCGCUUUGGUGCACAGGUACUAGAUAUCGCUGACUAUGAUGUGACCGAGCUUGUCGAGGAGCCUCAACCGGUCAUAUUCAUCAUCUCAACGACCGGACUAGGAGAUUUCCCCAGCUCUGCGCGCCCAUUCUGGCGCUUUCUCCUGCGCAAAGACCUCCCAGUAGAUAUUCUGUCCGACCUCAACUUCACCGUUUUUGGCCUUGGUGACAGCAGCUAUGCCAAAUUCUGCUGGCCGGCUCGCUUGCUCAGGCGGCGGCUCGAAAGCUUGGGCGCCGUAGAAUACGUCAAGGGCGAGGAUGCUGAUGACCAGCAUCCAAUGGGAAUUGAAGGUGCUCUCGUGCCUUUCCUCCAGACGCUGUUCACUCAACUCCAAUCUGAUUUCGUGUUGCCCACGUCGCUCAAGGAGAUUCCAGAAUAUGAGCUUCUACCCCCGCAAAUAACUGUGCGCCUAUUGUCCCAUAGCCUGGCGACUGGGCAGACAAGCAAUGCUUCCGCCAUUAACGGAUCAGCAACCAGCAAUGGGAAGGAGAAGGUACGGCAGGGCCUCGCACGACUCACGCGCAACGAGCGCAUGACUGCGCGAGACCAUUGGCAAGAUGUUCGGCUACUUGAGUUCGAGCACGUCGGAUGGCGCAGUCUUUCGGAUGAUCUCAACUCAAACGAUGAUCCCGAGCGUGAGUGCAGAUGGUUGCAAAUGAAUUCACACGACAAAAGCGGAGGAGAGUGCUACUCAGAUAUGAAGUACGAAGCAGGCGACAUAUUUUGCGUGAAGGCGCAUAAUUCAGAUGCACAUGUGGACCGUUUCUUCGCUCGCAUGGGGUGGUCGAAUAUGAAGGAGGAACUUGUACAGUUGGAAUGUCUUUCGCAAACCCGCAAGCUCCCGCCCGAUAUACCACGCCGACUGAAGCUCAGCGAUCUUGUCAAGUCACAUCUGGACAUAUGCUCAGUCCCACGGCCCUCUUUCUUCCACACCAUACGCCAAUUCAGUCCCGCUGGCUCAAUGGAACGAGAGAAGCUGGACGAGUACUGCACGCCUGGUGAGGGUGCGGACGACAUGUUCGACUAUGCUAUGCGCGUCAGAAGAACCAUCUUGGAAGUUCUGGAAGAGUUUCAAUCAGUCAACUUUGGCCUGGAGCGGCUCUGUGAAGUCGUGCCAUUCACGAGGGAACGGCAAUUCAGCAUCGCUUCCAGCGCCGAGUAUCUCGACUUUCAGAAAUCUGGAAAAGGGCAACAAGGGAAGGGUGCCUCGCUUGCGAAUAAACGUAGCUCAGAUAAAGUGCAACUCGCAGUGGCGAUCGUCAAGUACAAGACGCGUCUCCGCGAACCGAGGAGAGGCGUUUGCACGGCUUGGCUGUCCGCCCUCGAAGUGGGGACUGCUGCAGCUGAUCAGAUCCCAUAUCGGAUAGAGAAGGGUACUAUGCGACUCCCUCAAGACGAUACCACACCCGUCCUGUACAUCGGUCCUGGUACCGGCGUGGCGCCGAUGAGGGCCUUCUUACAGCAGAGGCUUUUGAGCCGUGAGCGCGAGUGUUCAUGUACAGUGGUCGAAGCUAAAGAGCAUGAUGAGACGAACGGGAAGGCCAUUGCAGGGCAUGGCGCAAAGGAAGCUGCAAACCGCAUCUUCCUCGGCUUCCGACAUUCGCAGAAGGAUUUCUUGUUCGCAGAGGAAUGGCAGCGCUGGUCGCGUUUGGGCUUUCUGGAGUGGCGCUUGGCCGCUUCACGCGAGAGCGCAUCCGGCGAAAAAUUCUACGUGCAAGACCUGAUCAAGCAGGACAGCGCACUCCUGUGGAGGCAUAUUGGCGAACAAGGCGGAUACGUGCUCAUCUCGGGCUCGUCCGGCAAGAUGCCAGAGGCGGUGCGCGAGGCGCUCCGGGAGGUUUGCAAACAAGAAGCCGACAUGGACGACGAACAGGCCGCGAGGUUCCUGCAGGCCAUGGUAGCACAAAGACGCCUGCAAGAAGAAUGCUGGAGCUGAGCACAACUUGCAUUCCACCGUUUCCCCUAUUCUGUAAGGGAGCUCCCCUUACUUGCAUUAAUGAAAAAUAUGCGGUAUAUAGUCCCGCUCUAGAAAAUGACAAUUGGU